AUGAAGCACUCCAAUGACGGAGAGAGAAUAUGCAAUGAGCUGAGCUCAUCUCCGCUGUGGUCUUCGAUCAACAUGAUGUCUGCCAUAGAUACGCGUACAUCUGUGUACCAACCAGCACAACUACUGAAUUGGAUCUAUAUGUCUCUACAAGACUCCCACCAGACCAAUGACUUCGAUGCGUUCAGACCGGAUUCGGAGAGUUCUCCACCGGACCUGAACAACUACGAACAGCGGUCCGCUGCCGCUGUCGACCUGAGCUCUGCGCUCAACUCAAACUAUCUUAACAACUUCAUGCAACUUCAGAGGAAUGAGGCCUUAAACAACAAUUUGUAUAGAAGGUCCUCUCCUUACGGCUCGCUCAGCAACAUCGUAGACGGCUUGACUUCUCUGACGGACCACUUCUCUGACCUUUCCCUCGCCUCUGAGUCACGCAAACCGAGCAAGCGACCGCCGUCCAACUACCUGUGCCAUCUCUGCUUCAACAAAGGACAUUACAUCAAAGACUGCCCGCAGGCUCGGCCGAAAGGGGAAGGCCAGACCCCAUAUCAGGGCAAGAAGAGAUGUUUCGGCGAAUACAAGUGCCCUAAAUGCAAGAGGAAGUGGAUGAGCGGGAACUCUUGGGCCAACAUGGGACAAGAAUGUAUCAAGUGCCACAUCAACGUUUACCCUCACAAGCAGAGACCUCUGGAGAAACCCGACGGGUUAGAUGUUUCAGACCAGAGCAAGGAGCACCCACAGCACCUGUGUGAAAAAUGCAAGGUUCUCGGCUACUACUGUCGUCGCGUGCAAUAA